AUGCUUGAGGGUUUAUUUGAAACAAUUAGAGAAAUGAGCGGUAAUUCUUCUGCACAAACAGUUCAAUUCUAUGGGCAUGCAAUAAACAAAUUAAUACUUACAAUGCAAACAACAUCCAAAAUACAAAGUUUGAAUUAUGGCUUAGCUAAUAGUUCAGGCAUGCUUGCUGAUUUGAAACAAAG